AUGGUGUCUCUAUCAUGGCUGUUCGUGGGGGUGAUGGCUUAUGUGUGCAUCCCUGGCUUUGGGUUGGUUUGUUGGGACAAAUCUCAGUGCAACGACCUGAGCAACAAGGGAAGACUACUGGACUGUAUUCGCCUCUGCGUAUCUGCCAUCAGGUCUGAAUUCCCUCAGCUCAGUGCAUUGUCCCUGAAGGUGAAUAACAAUGAGGACGACCUCCUACUCAGCAUCAUUCUGGCCACCCUGGUGUCUGAAAACAAGCUAUCCGAGUCGGAUCUGGAAGCCCACAGAGACGGACGACGCUCCUAUUCCAUGGAGCAUUUCCGCUGGGGCAAACCCUCUGGCCGCAAACGUCGCCCCGUUAAGGUUUUUGCCUCUUCUCUGGAGGGAGGGGGCUCUUUUGAAGGCCGUUUCCCCCCUCAGGCUCGCAGGCAGCUGGGCCGCAACAAGGAUGAAGUGAGAGAGCUGAGCGCAGGAAGUCAAAACCAGGGUUUGCUAACGAUCAACCUGAAGUCACACGUCCCGGUGAGCCUGCAGGACAGGAAAGAUGGGACCUAUCGGAUGAAUCACUUCCGAUGGGGGAGCCCACCUGCCUCGAAACGUAAUGGCAGAUUUAGGAAACGGCAAAUGAAGAAACCUCAGGGGCAGCAGGACAAGCUCUUCAUGAACAUUAGAGUCAAGGAUGUGCAGAGGAUAAUGGGCUGA